UCAAAACUUAGGUGGAUACAAGUCAUGAUCACUAUCGCAAUAACUGGUGGAAGCGGGUUUCUAGCUGCGCAUCUAAUUUAUCGCCUGCAAUACCGCACAGACAUUAAAGAAAUCAGAACCAUCGACAGAAAGCCUUUCAAACAAUUGGAAGGCCUAGAAUUGCUUUCAACUAAUGAGAAAAAUUCCCCCAGACUAGUACAUUAUAGACUGGAUCUUUUAGACGCUACAAUGCUGGAAAAAGCUUUAUACGGGGUUGACUUGGUUUUUCAUCUGGCCAGAAAAUCGUUGGAAUUGCUUCAAGUAGGAGAUCAAAGACUAUUGGAUGAUGAAUACAUCAGAGAUAAUCUUCUAGAUGCGUAUGCAAAUCUACCUUUCGGCGACAAUUUUGGCACAUCGGAAGCAAUUCAUUGCUCAUUGCCAAACAAAUUUAUCCUGGGAAAAUAUGGGGAAAGUCGCGCAAAGGCUGAAUUAGAAGGGAGACAACGGUGUGGAAAAUCACUUUCAAAUGGGAAAAUAUUUCACGCCGUUUUCCUCAGGCCUGUUCACAUUUAUGGCGAAGGCGAGUUGAAAUUACCGAAAGCAUUGCAAAGGAUAGCAGCUAAGUAUGGCGGUGCAAUUCCCACAUUGGAAGGCCACUCGAAUGGAAUGCAUCAAUUUGUAAGUGGUUAUGCCAUGAUAGUUACUGUUUUUUACCGAAGAUAUAUGUUGGACAUUUGA